AUGGGAGGUUGGGUGGGUGGGGGGGGGGAGUAUGGGGAGGAUGGGGGGGUGGGUGUGGGUGUAGGGGAGGAUGGGUGGUGGUGUGUGGGGAGUAGGGAGGAUGGGUUGGGUGGGUGGGUGGAGUAUGGGAGGAUGGGUGGUGGUGGUGGAGUAGGGAGGAUGGGUGGGUGGGGGGUGGGUGGGGGAGAGUAUGGGAGGAUGGGUGGGUGGGUUGGUGGGAGUAGGGGAGGAUGGGGGGAGAUGGGGGUGGGGGGGGGUGGGUGUGGAGAGGGUUUGAUGGUUGAAGGGGGGAGGGGUAAGGGAGGGUGGAAUGUAAGAGGUUUAGGGUUGAGGGGGGGGGGGAUUGUGGUGGGGUUGGGUGAAGGGGUGGUGGGGGGUGGGAGGGGGGGGUGGAUAGAGGAUGGUGUUGGGGGGGGUGGGGUGGUGGGAUGGGGGAAAUUGAGUAUGGUGUUGGGGUGGAUAGUGGUUUGGGAGGGUGAUGGUAUGGGUGGGGGGAUGAGUAUUUUGGUGGGGGUGGUGUUGGGUAUGAUGAAGGUAGUGGGUAGGGUGGGUUGGGUAUGGGGGAUGAUAUGGUUGGGUAUAGGUGUGGUGGGGGGUUUAGGGUUGUGGGAGAUGUGGGAAUAUGGGGGGUGGAGGGUAGAUUGGGGUGGAUAG